CUUGAGCAGCAUCCUGUGUUUCCACCAUCCCCAUAAAUUUGCUGCUUCUUCGCUUUCCUAGGGUCUCAACCAUUUUAGUUUCUGGUGACAUGAAAGGUUUACAGGCUCGGAUCUCAGUGUGUGCAACCGCGGGGUCUGCUGUUGGACCCUAGCCUAGGCUAAAGCGGACACCAGGCAGUCGCGCAUCAACUCAAGUUCCUAUUUCGGGUUCGUGCUCGAGGAGGGGAAGGGCUUCCGGGGGUUCCAGCGCGUUCACAGCGCGUUCACUGCCCUCCUCGGUGGUUCUGAUCAUCUGGAGGCGCGUCACCGCUCCGGACUGUGCACAGCGGUAGCGUGUGCGGGAAGCCGACAGUCAUCAUCCAGACAUCUGAACACCUGUGGGGCCAUGUCACAGGAACGUUCUCCGCUGCUUUCCCGCGGUCCCUUGCCUGCAAGGAGGGACCCAGUUGGACUGGGGCUCGGGUCCUUGUCAAAGGAGAUGAACAUAGCGGACCCGACUCUCCCAGCCACUGUGCCUCCCUCCCGCCGAAGUCUCAACACCUUCUUCGGGGUGUUUGUUCCUACCGUCCUCUCAAUGUUUAGCAUCGUGCUCUUCCUCCGCACAGGGUUUGUUGUUGGCCAUGCCGGGCUGCUGCAGGCCCUCCUCAUGCUCUGCGUGGCUUACUUCAUCAUCUCCCUGACCAUUCUGUCAGUCUGCGCCAUUGCCACCAAUGGUGCGAUACAGGGGGGUGGGGUUUACUUCAUGAUCAGCCGAUCUCUGGGGCCGGAGUUUGGUGGUAGCAUUGGGAUUAUGUUCUACCUGGCCAAGGUGUGUGCCUGCGGUGUUUACGUGCUGGGCCUGGUGGAGGCCAUACUCAGCAUCUUCGGAAGGGACCCCGCCUCAAAGGUCAGUGAGGGCAUGCGAGUUCUGCCACAGGGCUACUGGUACACAGUACUCUAUGCCUCCGCCGCACUCCUGCUCUGCCUGCUGGUGUGCCUGGUGGGGGCGCACAUCUACUCCCGCGCCGCCUUCAUCAUCUUGCUGGUGGUAACGGUCUCGCUGAUUUCCAUCAUCAUCAGUCCCCUGGUCCUGGGCCCACGCAGCUUCAUCAUCAGCCACCAGGAUGGUGCCAACAGCACCAGUGUGUACAAUGCCAGCUACACGAGCUUCAAUGCCACCACGCUGAGAGCCAACCUGGGCCCGGGCUAUGCUCUGGAUUACAGCACCAACAUAGUCAUGUCUUUCUCCAUGGUCUUUGCUGUCAUGUUCACCAGCUGCACGGGCAUUAUGGCUGGGUCAAACAUGUCUGGAGAACUGAAGAACCCCAGUGUGUCCAUCCCAAAGGGCACCAUUAUUGCUGUCCUCUACACCUUCUUUGUCUAUGUGCUCAUCUUCCUGCUGGUCAGCUCUACCUGCGACAGAGUUCUUCUCAUCCAGGACUACGGAUUUUUCCAGCGCAUCAAUGUGUGGCCUCCCUUUGUCAUCAUUGGGGUGUACUGUGCCUCCCUUUCUGCAGCCAUGAGCUGCCUCAUCGGCGCCUCACGUAUCCUGCAUGCCCUAGCGCUCGACCAGCUGUUUGGUCUGCCACUGGCCCCUGCUGCCAUCACAUCCAGCUCAGGAAAUCCCUGGGUGUCAGUGCUGUACACAUGGGCUCUGGUGCAGUGUGUGGUGUUCGCCGGGCAGCUCAACUCCAUCGCCAGCCUGGUUACUGUGUUCUACCUGCUAUCCUAUGCGGCUGUGGACUUGGCCUGCCUGUCCUUGGAGUGGGCGUCGGCUCCCAACUUCAGGCCCACAUUCCAGUACUUCUCCUGGCACACCUGUCUGCUGGGCAUGAUGAGCUGCAUGGUUAUGAUGUUUGUGAUCAACACUGUCUACUCCUCAGCCAGCAUUGCCCUGCUACUUCUGCUGCUGCUCUUCCUGCACUACCGGGCACCUACCAGUACGUGGGGCUACAUCAGCCAGGCACUCAUCUUCCACCAGGUGCGAAAGUACCUGCUGAUGCUGGACAUGCGCAAGGAUCAUGUAAAGUUCUGGAGGCCACAGAUCCUGCUGAUGGUGGCAAACCCACGCUCCUCCUCUCACUUAAUCACCUUCGUCAACCAGCUGAAGAAGGGUGGCCUCUUCGUGCUGGGGCACGUGCAGCUGGGCAAUCUGGAGUACCUGACCUCUGACCCUGUCCAGUUCCAUUACAACUUCUGGCUGAGCCUGGUGGACAGACUGGAGGUGAAGGCCUUUGUGGACCUAACACUGUCACCCUCUGUUCGGCAGGGAACCCAGCACCUGCUGCGGAUUGCUGGCCUUGGUGGCAUGAAACCCAACACCCUCAUUAUGGGUUUCUAUGAUGACUGUGUCCCGGAGGACUAUUUCCAGCAACACCCGGCAUUCUCCGUGAGCUCAUGGACACACAGAGGUGCUGGAGGGGACAGCUUCGGGGUGGACCCCUACUCCUUUCAGGCCCACUUCCCAGCAGUCCGGGGCGUCGAGAGCCCACACUUGCUCUCUCCGGAGGAGUACGUAGCAAUUAUCUCUGAUGCCCUCAAGAUGGGCAAGAAUGUGUGCCUGGGGCGCUACUUCUUCCAGAUGGAGGGCGAGUGGAUGCGACCCCGGAGGGACGGCGCAAGGAAGAUGGUGGACAUCUGGCCGCUUAACCUGCUACAGCCGGAGACCAGCGGCCAGUUGGACGUGUGCAUCCUCUUCCUGCUCCAGAUGGCGUGCGUUCUGAACAUGUCCAGUGGGUGGCGUCAGGCACGGCUGCGCAUCUUCCUGUGCUUAGAGGCCAUAACUGGUGACCAAGGCUGGCUGACCAAGGAGGAAGCUCUCCGUGAGCUGCUAGGGAAGCUGCGCAUCCGGGCCACCAUAAAGGCCGUGCCCUGGGAUGAGGUGCUGCAGCUGCGGGAGGAGCGGGAUCUACCCACUCAGGCUGGGGAAGGGGAUGCACAGUCAGGGGACAGGACCACUGCAGCAUCUGGACACAGUCCCUCAAUGGACUUUGUGUCUGGAGUGAACAGGCUGCUGAAGGAGCACAGUGCUAAAGCUGCUGUCCGCUUCCUGUACUUGCCCCACCCCCCAGCUGACAGCAGCCAAUCGCAGCAGUACUUGGCAAAGCUCGAAGCUCUGACCGAUGCCCUUGGCCCUACUUUGCUGAUCCACGGUGUCACCCGAGUGACUUGUACUGAUCUUUAACUGGUU